AUUUUUUUUAUUAUUUUUUUUUUGGCUACAAGAAGAGGGGUUAAACCCGUGAGGAGGUCCUAUAAGGCAUUCACAUCCUCUCGCCACCACGCCGGGAAACCCAAAGAGAUCGCCGGAGUCACGGACCACCGUCUGACACCCAUCCGCCAUUCCUCAGGCCACCGUCAGUCUCACAGUCAUAGACCACCGCCAGGCUCCAAGUCCACCGCGAAGUGCUGCUGCCGGCCCGCCGACGUUCCUCAGAGCAUACUCCAGUCGGGAGUCUCCACAAGCCACAACCAGCUAUCAACAAUUUUGAAAGGGAAGAUAGACAUCCAAACCCUUCUGUUCAAAUCUGGGUCGAUUCAGCAAUUAUUUUGAAAUGAAAUUGAAGUUGCAACAGUUUGCGUAGAUUGAUUGUUGGUCGAAAAAUGGUGAAGGAACUCGGCGCCGGCGCUCACAACCUGCCAGCGGAUGUUACUCAGUUGAUCGACCAACUAGAGCGCCACUGCUUAGCUCCCGAUGGUUCUCUCAUUUCCAAAUCCACCUACUGUGAUCUCCAACUCGCGAGGGAGGAGAUGACGAAAGAGCGACAGCGAUAUUUGGAAGCGUUGGCAGUUUACAUAGAAGCAGUUGGGAUGGUGGAAGAAUAUCAGCAAGCUCUUUCUGUGGUGAAUCUUGGUGGUAUUCGAGAUGUCCAGGGCCACUACCCUCAGAUCUGUUUGAAAAAUCCUCCUCAGGUUUAUGAAGCUCUUGAGCAUCGGAUGGUAGUUGCAGAAGCUGCUCAAAGGUUGAGGCUACCUCUGAUUUCCAAAGAUGGUGAGGUUCAAGAUGAUGAAAUUGAGAAAUGGAGUAUACUCUCAAGAAGUUCCCUUGACAGUUCAGGCACCAGUGUUACUGUGAGCUCCAGCUCAAUUUCAACUAAUUUCACUAAUCUGUCUGCAAGUGGCGCUGCUGCUGCUGGAAUUAGUGCUCCAUCUAGUAGUGCUAGUGAUGCUUCAGAACCUUCUAUUGGAGGUGUUCCUAAUCGGUACCUUGGAAUAACACCUACUUAUUUAUGGCAAACUCAACUCCUGCAGUCACCACUAUCCAUGGACAUGGCAGAAUACCAGAUAUUGCUUUCACGUGAGGUUGGGAGUCGGUUAGAUGCUAAAUGUGAUAAGUUAGCAAAUGUUGUUGCUAUAGACGACAUCGAUCCAUCAGCUAGUAAUCAAAUACCAACUGCUCGUCUUCCAGAAAGGGUAAAAUUGAUAAUUGAGGAGAUUGAGAGAGAAGAAGCAACCCUGCGUGAAGAUUUGUAUUCAUCAGACAGAAAAUUUGCAGAAUAUUACAACGUUUUGGAGCAGAUACUAGGAGUGCUUAUCAAGCUUGUCAAAGAUAUAAAGUUGAAACAUCAGCAUAAAUAUGAUGAGCUGCAAAAAACUUGGCUGAGCAAAAGAUGUGAUACCAUGAGUGCAAAAUUGAGGGUUUUAGAGCACAUUCUCCUGCUUGAGACUUAUACACCAGACACAAUUCCAGCACUCCAUAAAAUAAGGAAAUAUUUGGUUGAAUCUACAGAAGAAGCUUCACUUGCAUAUAAUAAAGCGGCCACUCGCCUCCGCGAGUAUCAGGGUGUUGAUCCGCACUUUGACAUGAUUGCCAGACAAUACCAUGACAUAGUCAAGAAAUUGGAAAAUAUGCGUUGGACUAUCCAGCAAGUCGAAAUGGACCUGAAACGUUUGCCUGCUUAUCCUGGAGCCUGAGGUAUAUUGAUUCUGUCUUUCCACUCCAGGAGAUGAAUGCAGUAGAGGAUUUAAGUUUCAAGAGCUCAUUGUUGUGUGUAUUGCAUUUUAUCAAGUUGUCUAAUAUACACAUCCUGUUGCAACAAGAGCAUUUAGAGUUGCAACACUAAUUUCUAAUAGUAAAAUAUUUGAUUAAAAAUUUGGUCUUAAAUAGCAUUUUUUAUUUCCCAAUGUAUAGUUCUGUAGCAUUUUUUAUUUACUUGACGAUCAAUGCCCGUGUUGAUACUUUAA